UGGAGGAGGAGGGUCGGGGGUCGUCGUCUGGCGCUGCGCGUGGAGGCGACCGCGUGGGGCAUCCCCGGCGGCACCCGGGAAGAUAGAAACCUCCUCGGGCGUCCUGGGCCCGCGCAGUGAGGGGGCUGGGAGUCGUGGGAAGCCCAGGGCGGAGGGCACAGGGGUCACCCGGGACACUCGGGGAAUUUGGGACCUCCCGAACAACUCGGGUCACCCGGGCAGGGAGUCCUGAGCCGUGGGUCCUGACCCCGUCCCGGACCAUGCUGCGGACGCCACGCGGCCUGCUGCUGCUGCUGCUCGUGAGAGCGGAGAGGCGCGGCUACUACGCGGUACGCAUCGGCAGGAGCCCCGGGCUCUACGCGACGUGGGACGAAUGCAGGACCCAAGUGGAGGGGUUCCCGGGAGCCGACUUCCGCAAGUGUCUGUGCGAGGCAACCGCCCACGCCUACCUCGCCCAGGGGCGCGGGGACGACGGCGCAGCCACCGAGAGGCGGCCGCGACGGCGGCGGUGGGAAGACGAGGAGCAGCCCGCGGGGCGCGGGGGUCAACCACCGCGCUACACUUACGUGGGCGGCGUCCCGGUCGUCUUCACCGAUGGAUGCUGCAUCUCCAAUGGGCGCCAGGCGGCGCGCGCGGGACUGGGAGUCUUUUGGGGCACCAACAACUCCCUAAACUUGAGUGAGCGACUGGUUGGCCGACAAACAAACCAGCGCGCCGAGAUCAUGGCGGCGUGCCGUGCAGUGCAGCAGGCGAGCGAGCAGGGGCUCCGAAAGCUGAUUGUGUGCACGGACAGCAUGUUCAUCGUCAACGGGAUGGGCUCCUGGGUGCACACGUGGAAGCGCAGUGGCUGGCGCCAAGGCUCGGGCUCGCUGGUGGUUAACAGGGCCGACUUCGCCCUGCUCGACGACUUGUGCAGAGACAUGGACAUCACCUGGGUGCAUGUGCAGGGCCACUCUGGAAACCUGGGAAAUGAGCACGCAGACCAACUGGCCAAGGAGGGAGCAGACAAGGUCCCCCUCCCCGGAGCCAAGCCACCCCCAGAUCCGGUCGCGACCGCCGUGGAGCCUCCAGACCUGGGCCAGCCCAGCGCCGUGGGUCAGAGGGUCGACCCAGAAGAUGUGGACUGUGCCUCACAAGCAGACCUGGCUGCCAAGGUGGACUCUUCAGAGCCAGAGGAAAUUCGCCAAACGAACCUCAAAAAGUCAAUAGAUGUUGCCAGCUGGACCUUAUAAAAUCAUAAAAAACGUCACUUGAAAUUGUACCAAUUCUUGUGUAUAAUAAAUGUAUCCAGGAUGUUUAAUGCUGACCUGGAAUGCUCCAACAACCACAGCAAGGGGUAUAUUGCAUGUGGUGUGCCAUUGCGAACAGAAUAUUUUCUAGGCCACUGACCUGUACAGACCCAGCAUAAAGUAAGCUCUUACUUUAAGGGGUGUGGUAAUUGGUGUGAUAAUUGACAUGCCAUAUUCAUGUAUGUGAGCAAGAGUUCAGAGCAAGGGCUUUGCCUUAGAGAGGAGCAGGUUUUUUACGCUGCACCCCACACCUGUUGUGCAACACUAUGCAGCCAAGGGCUAUUGUGGCACAGAUUUAUUAAAAUUAAUUCUAGAUUUGAAGUUUUCGUGACUGCAAGGAUUCAUACUCUUUGGUUUUUUCGGUAAAGUCACGUAGGUGAAAAAUUAAAAUAAAUAACUUAGCGAAAGCACACCGCUUAAGCGGUGUGCUUUCACUAAGUUGUCCCCACCUGAAGAAGGACACUUGUGUUGCACCCGAAACGUCGUGAUUUAAUUUAUUUAACUUCCCAAACCUACCAGGCUGGGAGGUGGCAAGUAAAACGCAGUACAGCAAAUGGGUUUGUGAACCCAUCUUGGUGGACAUUUGAUCAUUAUCCCCUCAUCAGCGAGGAGUUUUGUCAGGUACGCUGGUUUUCUCCCACAUGCAAGACAUUUAAAAAAAAAUUACCAAACGUCUCAAAGCAUGACCCUCCUGGAAAAGUAUUGACACUUUUCAGGUUAAUUGGGAGCUAUUGUUAUAUUUGACGAAUUGUGUACUUUGGUGGAUUGUCAAAGCGGACAAUUGUUCUUGCGAUGACAAAGCAUAGUUAUGUAUAAUUGUACUGAAAUUUAUAUGCUUUGUGGAGAAGUCUUGCCUAUACCAUGAGCCAACCCAUCAUCUUUGUUUAACAGGCCACAUUCUGUUGAUGACACUUAAAAAGUCUAAACUGUUACCAUCUGCUUGAACAAAUGCUGCUGGAAAACACUGGUCCACAAAUACUAUAGGCUGGUGUUGUCGCGUGUUAUUUUGUUGUUGUGGUAAAGGAGAGUAUUACUCUUUUACUGCACAUUUUCUCAAGUUGCACAUACUAAAUUAUGUUCAUGGUAAACAUCAAAAAGCUUAACGCGUAGGCUUUUGCGACCAUUAUUAUUCAUAAUAAUGGUUUUUGGGUUAGAUCGUGUUAUUUAUAAAUGUGUCGCAACCCUCCACCACCCGACAUUGCCAAUCAGUAAAAAAGUAGUCACGUUGACAAAUGGCAAAUAGUUCACCUGCUCAUGAUUGGGUUAAAUAAUGACGUCACACUGCUGCUUCACUAUUCUGGCAAAUUGCCCGAUGAUGCUGGUUGUAAUUAGCAGUGAAACGUCGUACUCAAAAAUUGUAAAGUUGUGGAUUCACUCUUCAACACACCGGUGGGCUAUAGUCGUGAACGAUUUGUCUUUUGUCAACGUGACACAUUUUUUACUCAUUGGCCGUGUCUGGUGGUGGAGGGUUGCGACACAUAAAUGACGCGAUAUAACCAAAAACCUUUAUUAUUAACCAAAAACCUUUAUUAUUAAUCAAAAAGCUUGCAGAAAGUUCCUGGGGAUGUGACGCUGGGACCCUUCGGAUAUCAACGCAAGCCCAGGUCCAUUCUACCGUAGAAUAUUGCGCUACGCCCAUCUCUCACGCCGCGUUUGUUGACGCGCAUCAACGCUGCACUGCGUGUGGUGAGCGGCUCUCUAAAGCUACACUGCUGCAGUGGCUGCCAGUACUUGCGAUCAUCCUACCAACAAACGUCUGACAUGAUGAUUUAACACUUAGCAUUAGAUAUUGUAACAUCCAGAUCUCCCUCUAUAUGUUGACAUUUGAUCCCCACCACUGUCCCAUUUGAAAUUGAAACACCUAUUUUCGACACGCCUUAACAACAACAUAUGGAAGAAGGUGUGGGGAUAUUUCCUCCAUAAUUGAAAGAUCAAGGACUCGCCAAACUGCGAAUGUGGUAAGGUGCAAACCAUCGGGUGUAUAUAUAUCACUGACGACUGCCCAAUUCAACACCUGUACUAUGGUGGAACAAGCAAUUCCUCGGCUAUCACGGAUGCCGUGGAACGGCUUAUUAAAAAUGCAAACGCAUUUCAUAUCGUGUUGUCAGUUUCCGUGCUUUGGCUGGUAAAGCACAUCUCUGAUUCCUGUUUCUUUUCAACUCGCCUUUUGCCCGUCCAAGGAUGGGUGUAUUGCAGUAAAUCUGAAACUUGCAAGCGAAAA